UCGGGUGUUCACAGCACUCUGACCCGCCCACAAAAAAGGACACAAUCCAAGGAUAGCCCGGCAGCAGCACGUUGACAAGAUGCAACUGUUCGUAAUCUGCCUGCUGGUGGCCACCACGGCCGCAUUCACGAUGUUCGGCCCGCACAUCCGAAUCGUGCCCGGCCAAAAGCCCAACGAGAUAGUCCUUCACUUUCGCAAUCCGUGCAACAAUAAAACCAGCACCACGACCCUAAAGCCGCCACCACCUCCUUGUCCAGAUCAUCCCACCACGCCAGCCUGUGAGCACCGCAUUACCAGUCCGGCUCCCACGAAGCCUCAAUGCCCACAUGCCACCACCACUCCGCACAAUUGUGGGGGAGACACGACGAGUUCAAGUAGGGCCACCACUCCCAAGCCAACAUUGCAAACGACUAUAGGGACAACUUUCAAGACGACGACAUUGAAGCCCACUGAAGGGACAACGGUCAAACCGACCACUCUUAAACCCACAGAAUCAACGACGGGGAAGACCACAGAGAAGACUUCUCCCAAACCGACAACUCUGAAACCGACUGACCCUACGACUCUGAAACCCACAGAAAAAACAACCGCCAAGCCAACAACUCUAAAAUCAACAGAGGCAACGACAGUGAAGACCACAGAGAAGACGUCUGUCAAACCGACAACUUUGAAACCGACUGAGCCAACGACAGUAAAGACCACCGAGAAGACGUCUGCGAAACCGACAACUCUGAAACCCACUGAGCCCACGACUCUGAAGCCCACUGAAGGAACAUCGGCCAAGCCAACAACUCUGAAACCAACUGAUGGUACAACGGCCAAGCCGACAACUCUAAAACCAACUGAGCCAACGACAGUGAAGACCACAGAGAAGACGUCCGCGAAACCGACAACUCUGAAACCCACUGAGCCCACGACUCUGAAGCCCACUGAAGGAACAACUGCCAAGCCGACAACUCUGAAACCAACUGAUGGAACAACGGCCAAACCGACAACUCUAAAGCCAACUGAGCCAACGACAGUGAAGACCACCGAGAAGACGUCCGCGAAACCGACAACUCUGAAACCCACGGAGCCCACGACUCUGAAGCCUACUGAAGGAACGACGGCCAAGCCGACAACUUUGAAACCAACUGAUGGUACAACGGCCAAGCCGACAACUCUAAAACCAACAGAGCCAACGACAGUGAAGACCACAGAGAAGACGUCUGUCAAACCGACAACUCUGAAACCCACUGAGCCCACGACUCUGAAGCCCACUGAAGGAACAACGGCCAAACCGUCAACCCUGAGACCAACUGAUGGAACAACGGCGAAGCCGACAACUCUAAAACCAACAGAGGCAACGACAGUGAAGACCACAGAGAAAACGUCCGCUAAACCGACAACUCUGAAACCGACUGACCCUACGACUCUGAAACCCACAGAAAAAACAACGGCCAAGCCAACAACUCUAAAAUCAACAGAGGCAACGACAGUGAAGACCACAGAGAAGACGUCUGUCAAACCGACAACUUUGAAACCGACUGAGCCAACGACAGUAAAGACCACCGAGAAGACGUCUGCAAAACCGACAACUCUGAAACCCACUGAGCCCACGACUCUGAAGCCCACUGAAGGAACAACGGCCAAGCCGACAACUCUGAAACCAACUGGUGGUACAACGGCCAAGCCAACAACUCUAAAACCAACUGAUUCAACGACAGUGAAGACCACCGAGAAGACGUCCGCGAUACCGACAACUCUGAAACCCACUGAGCCCACAACUCUGAAGCCUACUGAAGGAACAACUGCCAAGCCGACAACUCUGAAACCAACUGAUGGAACAACGGCCAAACCGACAACUCUAAAGCCAACUGAGCCAACGACAGUGAAGACCACCGAGAAGACGUCCGCGAAACCGACAACUCUGAAACCCACGGAGCCCACGACUCUGAAGCCUACUGAAGGAACGACGGCCAAGCCGACAACUUUGAAACCAACUGAUGGUACAACGGCCAAGCCGACAACUCUAAAACCAACAGAGCCAACGACAGUGAAGACCACAGAGAAGACGUCUGUCAAACCGACAACUCUGAAACCCACUGAGCCCACGACUCUGAAGCCCACUGAAGGAACAACGGCCAAGCCGACAACUCUGAAACCAACUGAUGGAACAACGGCCAAACCGACAACUCUAAAACCAACUGAUUCAACGACAGUGAAGACCACCGAGAGGACGACCGCGAAACCGACAACUUUGAAACCCACUGAGCCCACGACUCUGAAGCCCACUGAUGGAACAACGGCCAAGCCGACAACUCUAAAACCAACUGAUUCAACGACAGUGAAGACCACCGAGAAGACGUCCGCGAAACCGACAACUCUGAAGCCCACUGAGCCCACGACUCUGAAGCCUUCUGAAGGAACGACGGCCAAGCCGACAACUCUGAAACCAACUGAUGCUACAACGGCCAACCCGACAACUCUAAAACCAACUGAUUCAACGACAGUCAAGCCCACCGAGAAGACGUCCGCGAAACCGACAUCUCUGAAACCCACGGAGCCCACGACUCUGAAGCCCACUGAAGGAACAACGGCCAAGCCGACAACUCUGAAACCAACUGAUGGAACAACGACCAAGCCGACAACUCUAAAACCAACUGAUUCAACGACAGUGAAGACCACCGAGAAGACGUCCGCGAAACCGGCAACUGUGAAACCCACGGAGCCCACGACUCUGAAGCCUACUGAAGGAACAACGGCCAAACCGACAACUCUGAAACCAACUGAUGGAACAACGGCCAAGCCGACAACUCUAAAACCAACAGAGGCAACGACAGUGAAGACCACAGAGAAGACGUCUGUCAAACCAACAACUCUGAAACCCACUGAGCCCACGACUCUGAAGCCCACUGAUGGAACAACGGCCAAGCCGACAACUCUGAAACCAACUGAUGGAACAACGGCCAAGCCGACAACUCUAAAACCAACUGAUUCAACGACAGUGAAGACCACCGAGAAGACGUCCGCGAAACCGACAACUCUGAAACCCACGGAGCCCACGACUCUGAAGCCCACUGAAGGAACAACGGCCAAGCCGACAACUCUGAAACCAACUGAUGGUACAACGGCCAAGCCGACAACUCUAAAGCCAACUGAUUCAACGACAGUGAAGACCACCGAGAAGACGUCCGCGAAACCGACAACUCUGAAACCCACGGAGCCCACGACUCUGAAGCCCACUGAAGGAACAACGGCCAAGCCGACAACUCUGAAACCAACUGAUGGUACAACGGCCAAGCCGACAACUCUAAAGCCAACUGAUUCAACGACAGUGAGGACCACCGAGAAGACGUCCGCGAAACCGACAACUCUGAAACCCACUGAGCCCACGACUCUGAAGCCUUCUGAAGGAACGACGGCCAAGCCGACAACUCUGAAACCAACUGAUGCUACAACGGCCAACCCGACAACUCUUAAACCAACUGAUUCAACGACAGUCAAGCCCACCGAGAAGACGUCCGCGAAACCGACAACUCUGAAACCCACGGAGCCCACGACUCUGAAGCCCACUGAAGGAACAACGGCCAAGCCGACAACUCUGAAACCAACUGAUGGUACAACGGCCAAGCCGACAACUCUAAAACCAACUGAUUCAACGACAGUGAAGACCACCGAGAAGACGUCCGCGAAACCGACAACUCUGAAACCCACGGAGCCCACGACUCUGAAGCCCACUGAAGGAACAACGGCCAAGCCGACAACUCUGAAACCAACUGGUGGAACAACGACCAAGCCGACAACUCUAAAACCAACUGAUUCAACGACAGUGAGGACCACCGAGAAGACGUCCGCGAAACCGACAACUGUCAAACCCACUGAGCCCACGACUCUGAAGCCUACUGAAGGAACAACGGCCAAGCCGACAACUCUGAAACCAACUGAUGGUACAACGGCCAAGCCGACAACUCUAAAACCAACUGAGCCCACGACUCUGAAGCCCACUGAAGGAACAACGGCCAAGCCGACAACUCUUAAACCAACUGAUUCAACGACAGUGAAGACCACCGAGAGGACGACCGCGAAAUCGACAACUCUGAAACCUACGGAGCCAACGACUCUGAAGCCCACUGAAGGAACAACUGCCAAGCCGACAACUCUGAAACCAACUGAUGGAACAACGGCCAAGCCGACAACUCUAAAACCAACUGAUUCAACGACAGUGAAGACCACCGAGAAGACGUCCGCGAAACCGACAACUGUGAAACCCGCUGAGCCCACGACUCUGAAGCCUACUGAAGGAACAACGGCCAAACCGACAACUCUGAAACCAACUGAUGGAACAACGGCCAAGCCGACAACUCUUAAAUCAACAGAGGCAACGACAGUGAAGACCACAGAGAAGACGUCUGUCAAACCAACAACUCUGAAACCCACUGAGCCCACGACUCUGAAGCCCACUGAUGGAACAACGGCCAAGCCGACAACUCUGAAACCAACUGAUGGAACAACGGCCAAGCCGACAACUCUAAAACCAACUGAUUCAACGACAGAAAAGACCACAGAGAAGACGUCCGCGAAACCGACAACUCUGAAACCCACUGAGCCCACGACUUUGAAGCCCACUGAAGGAACAACGACCAAGCCGACAACUCUGAAACCAACUGAUGGUACAACGGCCAAGCCGACAACUCUAAAACCAACUGAUUCAACGACAGAAAAGACCACAGAGAAGACGUCUGUCAAACCGACAACUCUGAAGCCCACUGAGCCCACGACUGUGAAGCCCACUGAAGGAACAACGGCCAAGCCUACAACUCUGAAACCAACUGAUGGAACAACGGCCAAGCCGACAACUCUAAAACCAACUGAUUCAACGACAGUGAAGACCACCGAGAAGACGUCCGCGAAACCGACAACUCUGAAACCCAUUGAGCCCACGACUCUGAAGCCUUCUGAAGGAACGACGGCCAAGCCGACAACUCUGAAACCAACUGAUGCUACGACGGCCAACCCGACAACUCUAAAACCAACUGAUUCAACGACAGUCAAGCCCACCGAGAAGACGUCCGCGAAACCGACAACUCUGAGACCCACGGAGCCCACGACUCUGAAGCCCACUGAAGGAACAACGGCCAAGCCGACAACUCUGAAACCAACUGAUGGUACAACGGCCAAGCCGACAACUCUAAAACCAACUGAUUCAACGACAGUGAAGACCACCGAGAAGACGUCCGCGAAACCGACAACUCUGAAACCAACGGAGCCCACGACUCUGAAGCCCACUGAAGGAACAACGGCCAAGCCGACAACUCUGAAACCAACUGAUGGUACAACGGCCAAGCCGACAACUCUAAAACCAACUGAUUCAACGACAGUGAAGACCACCGAGAAGACGUCCGCGAAACCGACAACUCUGAAGCCCACUGAGCCCACGACUGUGAAGCCCACUGAAGGAACGACGGCCAAGCCUACAACUCUGAAACCAACUGAUGGAACAACGGCCAAGCCGACAACUCUAAAACCAACAGAGGCAACGACAGUGAAGACCACAGAGAAGACGUCUGUCAAACCAACAACUCUGAAACCCACUGAGCCCACGACUCUGAAGCCCACUGAUGGAACAACGGCCAAGCCGACAACUCUGAAACCAACUGAUGGGACAACGGCCAAACCGACAACUCUAAAACCAACUGAUUCAACGACAGUGAAGACCACCGAGAGGACGACCGCGAAACCGACAACUCUGAAACCCACUGAGCCCACGACUCUGAAGCCCACUGAAGGAACAACGGCCAAGCCGACAACUCUGAAACCAACUGAUGGAACAACGGCCAAGCCGACAACUCUAAAACCAACUGAUUCAACGACAGAAAAGACCACAGAGAAGACGUCUGUCAAACCGACAACUCUGAAGCCCACUGAGCCCACGACUGUGAAGCCCACUGAAGGAACAACGGCCAAGCCUACAACUCUGAAACCAACUGAUGGAACAACGGCCAAGCCGACAACUCUAAAACCAACUGAUUCAACGACAGUGAAGACCACCGAGAAGACGUCCGCGAAACCGACAACUCUGAAACCCACUGAGCCCACGACUCUGAAGCCUUCUGAAGGAACGACGGCCAAGCCGACAACUCUGAAACCAACUGAUGCUACAACGGCCAACCCGACAACUCUAAAACCAACUGAUUCAACGACAGUCAAGCCCACCGAGAAGACGUCCGCGAAACCGACAACUCUGAAACCCACGGAGCCCACGACUCUGAAGCCCACUGAAGGAACAACGGCCAAGCCGACAACUCUGAAACCAACUGAUGGUACAACGGCCAAGCCGACAACUCUAAAACCAACUGAUUCAACGACAGUGAAGACCACCGAGAAGACGUCCGCGAAACCGACAACUCUGAAACCAACGGAGCCCACGACUCUGAAGCCCACUGAAGGAACAACGGCCAAGCCGACAACUCUGAAACCAACUGAUGGUACAACGGCCAAGCCAACAACUCUAAAACCAACUGAUUCAACGACAGUGAAGACCACCGAGAAGACGUCCGCGAAACCGACAACUCUGAAGCCCACUGAGCCUACGACUGUGAAGCCCACUGAAGGAACGACGGCCAAGCCUACAACUCUGAAACCAACUGAUGGAACAACGGCCAAACCGACAACUCUAAAACCAACAGAGGCAACGACAGUGAAGACCACAGAGAAGACGUCUGUCAAACCAACAACUCUGAAACCCACUGAGCCCACGACUCUGAAGCCCACUGAAGGAACAACGGCCAAGCCGACAACUCUGAAACCAACUGAUGGAACAACGGCCAAGCCGACAACUCUAAAACCAACUGAUUCAACGACAGUGAAGACCACCGAGAAGACGUCCGCGAAACCGACAACUGUGAAACCCACUGAGCCCACGACUCUGAAGCCUACUGAAGGAACAACGGCCAAACCGACAACUCUGAAACCAACUGAUGGAACAACGGCCAAGCCGACAACUCUAAAACCAACAGAGGCAACGACAGUGAAGACCACAGAGAAGACGUCUGUUAAACCAACAACUCUGAAACCCACUGAGCCCACGACUCUGAAGCCCACUGAUGGAACAACGGCCAAGCCGACAACUCUGAAACCAACUGAUGGAACAACGGCCAAGCCGACAACUCUAAAACCAACUGAUUCAACGACAGUGAAGACCACCGAGAGGACGACCGCGAAACCGACAACUCUGAAACCCACUGAGCCCACGACUUUGAAGCCCACUGAAGGAACAACGGCCAAGCCGACAACUCUGAAACCAACUGAUGGAACAACGGCCAAGCCGACAACUCUAAAACCAACAGAGGCAACGACAGUGAAGACCACAGAGAAGACGUCUGUCAAACCGACAACUCUGAAACCCACUGAGCCCACGACUUUGAAGCCCACUGAAGGAACAACGGCCAAGCCGACAACUCUAAAACCAACUGAUUCAACGACAGUGAAGACCACCGAGUGGACGACCGCGAAACCGACAACUCUGAAACCCACUGAGCCCACGACUCUGAAGCCCACUGAAGGAACAACGGCCAAGCCGACAACUCUGAAACCAACUGAUGGUACAACGGCCAAGCCGACAACUCUAAAACCAACUGAUUCAACGACAGUGAAGACCACCGAGAAGACGUCCGCGAAACCGACAACUGUGAAACCCACUGAGCCCACGACUCUGAAGCCUACUGAAGGAACAACGGCCAAACCGACAACUCUGAAACCAACUGAUGGAACAACGGCCAAGCCGACAACUCUAAAACCAACAGAGGCAACGACAGUGAAGACCACAGAGAAGACGUCUGUCAAACCGACAACUCUGAAACCCACUGAAGGAACAACGGCCAAGCCGACAACUUUGAGACCAACUGAUGGAACAACGGCGAAGCCGACAACUUUAAAACCAACAGAGGCAACGACAGUGAAGACCACAGAGAAGACGUCUGUCAAACCGACAACUCUGAAACCCACUGAGCCCACGACUCUGAAGCCCACUGAAGGAACAACGGUCAAGCCGACAACUCUGAAACCAACUGAUGGAACAACGGCCAAACCGACAACUCUAAAACCAACUGAUUCAACGACAGUGAAGACCACCGAGAGGACGACCGCGAAACCGACAACUCUGAAACCCACUGAGCCCACGACUCUGAAGCCCACUGAAGGAACAACGGCCAAGCCGACAACUCUGAAACCAACUGAUGGAACGACGGCCAAGCCGACAACACUAAAACCAACUGAUUCAACGACAGUGAAGACCACCGAGAAGACGUCCGCGAAACCGACAACUGUGAAACCCACUGAGCCCACGACUCUGAAGCCUACUGAAGGAACAACGGCCAAACCGACAACUCUGAAACCAACUGAUGGAACAACGGCCAAACCAACAACUCUAAAACCAACUGAUUCAACGACAGUGAAGACCACCGAGAGGACGACCGCGAAACCGACAACUCUAAAACCCACGGAGCCCACGACUCUGAAGCCCACUGAAGGAACAACGGCGAAGCCGACAACUCUGAAACCAACUGAUGGUACAACGGCCAAGCCGACAACUCUAAAACCAAAUGAUUCAACGACAGUGAAGACCACCGAGAGGACGACCGCGAAACCGACAACUCUGAAACCCACUGAGCCUACGACUCUGAAGCCCACUAAAGGAACAACGGCCAAGCCGACAACACUGAAACCAACUGAGCAAUCGACUGUGGAGACCACAGAGAAGACGUCUGCAGUACCUACAACUCUAAAGCCUACUGAGCCUACAACAGUUAAGACGACGGAGCAGACAUCUGUCGAACCGACAACUCUGAAACCCACUGAAGGAACGACGGACAAGCCGACAACUCUGAAACCAACUGAGCAAUCGACUGUGGAGACUACAGAAAAGACGUCUACAGAACCUACAACUCUGAAACCUACUGAGCCAACAACAGUUAAGACAACAGAGCAGACAUCUGUCGAACCGACAACUCUGAAUCCCACUGAACCCACUACUAUUAAGCCGACUGAAGGAACAACGGCCACACUUACAACUCUGAAACCCACUAAGCGAACGUCUCUGAAGCCCACUAAGCGAACAACAUCGAAGAAGACAACCACUGAGGCUACUACGACCACCGCAACUCUUCCUCCGUUUAAUAUCUUUGAUGUGAUAACUGGAGCGGCAUUAACAACCGCGUCCGAUGUUUCGUAAAAGGCUCGAAACACUAAUAGCAUUAAGCUUGCUUAAAUCCUAAUCAAAUUUAAUUUGUAUUCUAAUAAACACUCAACCAUAGUUAGCAUAAAAUUA